AUGAAAAAGCUUUUCAUCUUCUGGAGAAGGAAGCAUGAUACCAGGCUGCCCACUGAGCUGGGCUAUGACCUUCGAGAUAAGGAUUUCAAGAAAUUUCCCAAGGCUGCCUCAGUAAGGGAUUUGGAGAAGGUGAAGGAGUAUCUUCAAAUAAAAGUUUAUUGAGUGUCAGUUCAGGCUAAAACCUACCAAUUAACACCUUUGCACCUGGCCUGUGCUAAUGGAUAGUCAAAUGUUGUAUCUCUUUUAAUUGAGAAACAAUUCAAAAUGAAUGUCUGGGAUAGUAAAAACAGAUCUCCAUUGGCCAAGGCAGCACAGUGUGAAAAGGAGAAUUGUGCUUCUGUUCUUCUAGACCGUGGUGCAGACCCAAAUCUGGUGGAUUCAGAUGACAAUACUGCUCUCCAUUAUGCUGUCUGUGGUCAAAGUGUCUCAUUAGUCAAAAAGUUGAUUUAACACGGAGCUCAUCUUGGAGCUCAAAAUAAAGAUGUGUAUACUCCACUUUUACUUGCCAUUACUGAAAAUAAGGCAGAAAUGGUAGAAUUUCUUCUACAGAGAGGGGCAGAUGUCAAUGCUUUAGCUAAGAAUCAAAGGUAUAAUUAA